CCUUCGACUCCACAGGAGUAUCUUCAGCUAGGGAUACAAUACCACGAGGCCAACAAACUGCAGGACAGUGCAUUUUACUUUGAGAAAAGUGCAAAGGAACAGGGUGGGUGUGGGAUAGGGAUGCUCUUGUGGGGAUUGACGCUGAGGCACGGGUGGGGGUGCGAGAAGAAUGAGAAAAAUGCUUUCAAGUGGUUAACAAAGGCCGCGGAAAGCGCAGUGGAUGAUCUGGGCAAAGCGAGGGAAGGCAUGGACGUGAAGGCUGUUAGAUCGGAGCUCGUGCUAGCAAUUUAUGAGGUCGGGCAGUGCUUCUUUCAUGGCUGGGGUGUAGCUAAGGACCACAAGAUGGCAGUUAGUUACUAUCGAGUUGCUGCCAACCUUGGUGACGGAGAUGCGCAAGAAGGUCUCGCUUUCUGCCUAGCCAAUGGCAAAGGGUGCAAGAAGGAUAAGAAGGAAGCUGCUAAGUGGUAUCGCGCGGCUGUCGAACAAGGUGCUAGUGACAUAGGGAUGGCGUGGAUCUACAAGGACAAAUACAAGGGCUAG